GAUCUACUCCUGAAAAUAUUCUAUUUCCUAAUUUACAAUAUACUGAAUAAUUCCUAUAGAAAGACCAUCAAUACAUCAUUCAAACCUGGAUUGCUUCCUUCAUUGCACUGCUCCUCUUAUUUCUUCACAAUUUCUUGCUAAGUCGGAGAUGAGAAGCUUGAAUAGGCAAUGCAUCCAUGGGAGAGAGAGAAUGUGGAGUUUUUCAGGUUAACUGAUCUUUGAAAGUGUUACCAUGAAUGGGAGUUUUUCAGGUGUUUAUUGGACGGAUGAUCAUCGGAAGAAGGAUCAGCAACAUUUGAGCAAGAAAGCCACUGCCAAUUGAAUGAUCGAUUGGGUUACCUUUAUUAUCAAUACUUCGAGAGCUCAACUCCCUACGCAAGAGUUCCUCUCAUGGACAAGAUAAGUGAAUUAGGUCGUAGAAACCCUGGGCCUGGAUUAAUGUCGUUGCAAAUGUCGAUUUUUCACCAGCUAGUUGGAUGGCUGUGGCUUGAUAUAGAUCAUGAUGAUGACUCGGAGACUUGUGGAUAUGCAACGCAAAAGGAAAAAGAUGGCAUCCCUCUGCCUGCGUUUGGGCUUGUUACUUACAAAAUGCAUGGGACUCCAUGGAUUUCUGGCCGAUCUGAAAAGGACCACGAUCGUGUUAUGUCUCUAUUUAGUGUAGCUGAUUUAUGGCUUAAGCAACUUAAAGUCCAACAUCAUGACUUAAAUUUUUUCAAUGGAGUUAGGUGUCCUUCAAAUUAAUUACAUGUCUUCUCAAUGCCAAAUCUUUUUAACACAAAAUGUAUAGAUAAUAGAAAUUCUUAAAUGGGACCAUCUCUAUUAGACUGUAUUAGACUGAAUUAUGUACAUUUAAUGUGUUAAAGUGAUUACUUAUAAUUUUAA